CGAAUCCCCUAUGUCCCCACUCCGGGCAAAGCGUGUCAGUUGACAACGCUUUGUCUCCCCAACAUCGACCACUGAACAACACUAGAUCAGACCUAAAUUGAACCAUGUCCAACACUCAAGCUCAAUUCGAUAAGGCUGUCGAGAUUGUCGGGAAAUUGCCCCCUGACGGUCCUGCCAAGCCCACUACAGAGGACCAACUCAAGUUCUACGCCCACUUCAAACAGGCCAAGAACGGAGACUGCACUGGUGCCGCACCUGGCAUGUUCGACUUCAAGGGAAAAGCCAAAUACAACGCUUGGAAAGAACUCGAGGGAAUGAGUAAGGAAGACGCCAUGUCAAUCUACGUCGUCCUCCUUCGAGACAUGUUGAAGAAGUUUGACGACGACGAAGCUAGCAAAAAAUUCCUUGCUGAGCUUGAAGGUGCGUCUCAGAAACAAUGGAACUCGUCGAUGAAGGCCGCUGACGGGACUCAAGCUGCUGGUCAAUGAUCAAGG